AUGCCGACUUCGCUACCAGAAGAAUUUCCUAUGCCGCUGCAUUUGGCUACUCCUGACGAAGUAGCGGAAAAACGAAAACGGCUUUGUUCAAUAAUAUGGGAACAGCCCAUUUAUGAACCAAAUGAAGAGGAAGGCAAUGAUGGACCAGCAGAAGAAUCUGAUAUUGCUUACUUUCCGUCAGACCCAUGCAAGCCAGCCAAAAAGACAAGGAUGAAACGAACAAAGGAAAACUACGUGCUAAUAGAUUUAAAGCAUAAGAAGCGCUGUCGCAUGAAAGCUCAUCUCAAAGGAGCGAGGUUAAAGCGAUUAUUGUUGAGACAUAAAUUCGGGUCCAAGAAAUAAGU